AUGCAGGCAUACCAAAAAUCGCACGCCAAAAAGAUAGACAAGCACUACAAUAUUGAAGGAGCAGGUCAGACCGCUGACAUAAGAGAGCUUUGUGAAUUAAAAAGAGAUAACGCAAAUAAAAAGAACAAGGAAUGGGAGAACAGUGUCAAGAUAAUCAGGUUCAAGGAACCAGACUGUUGGCGGAUUGUCUGGAAUGAUCACAAGGAAGGUGAGGACCCUCAAGAAGUAGUGUUCCAUAUGCAAGGUGUUGUCAAGAGCAAGGGUUUGCUACCUAUGAGGAGACAGUCAGAAAAAAAUAAGCAAAAGAACUGCCACACCAGACAAUGGAUCGUGGUUUCAGGGGUAGGAAGCAACAGAUUCGACCAAAACUGUGAAGGUAUAAUGGAUGUGUAUGCAAUGUUCGCAAGACUGAUCAAUGGGCUGGGCUGCAUUGAGUUCAAGUUUGAGAACGGUAGGCGGGCAGUGGAAGUAGGAAGUCAGAUCUUCACACCCAAGCUUGAGGCACCAGAGAUGGAAUGGGUAGAAGCGAAUGCCAGUAUUGAUGCACAUGGUUUCAUGCAAUGGGUGCGCAGCAGUGACUUGGGAUUGGUAUAUGGAGAAGACAACAUGGUGAAAUACAGUGAAGAGUUAACUAAUGGGAGUGGAAAAAAAAGGGCUGCAGAUGUAACUCCACAGAAGAUUCAUGUUGGCGAUAUCGUAGACAUAGGAUUCACUAUGAUAGGCAUAGAAGGGAAUCAGAAUUGGUCAAUUCCAAAGGUAAGGGAGAGGUUAAAAACAUUGAGCGAUGACUAA